CUUCCAGCGUGCAUACGUCACGGCGCCGGGGCGGAAGAUGGAAGAGCUACGGGCGGGCGGUUGUUAAGCAGACCCGGACGGAGCGGGACCCCUAGACGGCCACUCCGGCUGCCGGGAGGCAGUGUGCGGCAGCCGCCAUGUCUUUGCUGCAGUCUGCGCUCGACUUCCUGGCGGGCCCAGGCUCCCUGGGCAGUGCUGCCGGCCGCGACCAGAGUGACUUCGUGGGGCAGACAGUGGAACUGGGCGAGCUGCGGCUGCGGGUGCGACGGGUCCUGGCCGAGGGAGGGUUUGCAUUUGUGUAUGAAGCUCAAGAUCUGGGAAGUGGUAGAGAAUAUGCAUUAAAGCGGUUAUUGUCCAAUGAAGAGGAAAAGAACAGAGCCAUCAUUCAAGAAGUUUGUUUCAUGAAAAAGCUUUCCGGCCAUCCCAAUAUUGUCCAGUUUUGUUCUGCAGCAUCAAUAGGAAAAGAAGAGUCGGACACAGGGCAGGCUGAGUUCCUUCUGCUCACAGAGCUCUGCAAAGGUUGAAAACUUGUUGCUUAGUAACCAAGGGACCAUCAAGCUGUGUGACUUUGGCAGUGCCACGACCAUCUCGCAUUACCCCGACUACA